AUGCCCGACGCCCGUCGCCCUCUGCUCCAAUUCGCGGCUUGGCCCAUGCCGGUGAUGCGGCCAGGCUUCGAGCCGCGAGCGACAUGCACUGCGCCGACAGCCUCGCUGCCUCUGCCUCUGCCUCUGCCUCGCAUCCGGCAUGGGACAAAGACACGCCGUCGUGGUGAUGGUGGCAUGUUCGUCGUCGUCGUCGUCGUCGUCGUCGUCAUCGUUGUCGGCGCAAACCGGUUCGCCUACCUUGGCAACGACUCCGACGGCGAGGAGAAGCCCGUCGUCCCCGUUAAGACCGUCGACAAGGUUACCCCUCGCACUACCAAGCGCAAUGUCGAGCCCCAGGCCCCCCAGGCCCCUGUGAGGACUGGCGGCAACCGCCGUGGUGGCCCCGGCGGAAACGAGGGUGCUUUCCGUGACCGCGGCGCUGGUCGCGAGCGCAACCAGACCCGUCCCACCGACGAGGCUCCCCGAGAUGGUCCUCGUGGUGGCCAGGCUGCCCGCGUCCGUGGAGGCCGUGGUGGACGCUUCCCCCGUGAGCGUGAUGACAGACAUCCUCACAAGUCUGGUGUCGUCUCUGGCUCUGAGAAGCAGGCUGCUCUGUCUUGGGGUGCCACCGAGGGCAACGCCGAGCUGAAGGACGAGCAGGCCGGUGAGGCCAUUGCCGAGUCCGAGAAGAAGGAGGACCAGCCCGAGGACGCCGCCGCCGAGGAGCCCGCUGAGCCCGAGGACAAGAGCAUCUCCUACUCCGACUACCUCGCCCAGCAGGCCGAGAAGAAGGCCGCCCUCGAGGCUGACCUCCACAUCCGAGCCCCCAACGAGGGCAGCAAGCUCGACAAGAAGUGGGCCAACGCCAAGCCCCUCGAGAAGGAGGAGGACGUCUACUUUGCCGGCUCUGGUGGCAAGAAGCAGCGCGAGCGUGAGCGCAAGGUGAAGCAGACCGUCGACUUCGACCCCCGCUUCGUCGAGCCCGAGCGAACCCGCGGCGGCGGCCGUGGCGGUCGCGGUGGCCCCCGUGGUGGCCGUGGCGGCGAGCGUGGCCGUGGUGGAAACUUCCGCGGUGGCCGUGGUGGCCAGCAGGCUUCUGCCUCCAUCAACACCAACGACCAGUCCGCUUUCCCCAGCCUCGGUGGCAACUAAAAGGCAUCUGCGUCUCACCAAUGCCCCCCCGCCCCCAUCCCCCAUCGAGAGACCCUCUCCCUUGGCUGAUGGAUUGGGCCGUCUUUUGUCUUCCCACAUCUAGAGAAGAAGAAAAAAAAAUUGAAGAGGAAAAUUCCCCCUUGUGUGCGGAGGACUCUUUGAGCCUUUUUAUGUU